GAAAUUUUUUUUAUCUGUAAAAGCAGAGUUGUUAUGUAGUGACAACACCUGCAUUACCUGUUCUGGUGUGUCUCCUCUGAGGUGUGUUAUUUCCUUUUUCUUUUUUAAAGAGAUAUUUUUAUCAACUCUUUAUACUGAGAAGAAAUGGCGGAUUUUCCUGGGAAGGUCAGCACUCAGACCAGCUCCACUGAACCUCAGAGAAGUUAUGGAAUCCCAGCAAUGAUAGACUUGGACUUCAUCAAGAGCAUUCCUGGUAUCUUACUUUUGGCCGAGAUUAUUGCUGGUUUACUGGUGUGGACGCUGAUCGCCAGUACCAGCUAUGCCACGAUUCCUGCUUAUGGUUGGGUGAUGUUUGUCAGCGUGACGCUGUGGCUUCUGAGCAUUGCCCUGUUUGUUGUGCUGUUGCUGAGGUUUUAUCAGAGUUUACCCUCAGUGCCCUUGCCUUUGGUGCUCAUGGUGUUCUAUGUAGUUGCAGCUGUUCUAUACACAACUGCUUUUCUGGCAGAUGCUGUAUCCGUUCCACCAAACUGGUCUUUUUGGCAAGGUCAUCUGGGAGCUUCUGCAUUCUUUGCCAUAGUGGUGACACUGUUAUAUGGAGCUAGCAGCUUCUUUGCCUAUUUGAACUGGAGGGGUGAAGGGCAAAACGCAGCGGCGAGUACAGUGCCUGUGUAGACCAUCCUUGGAUUAACACUCUCAUUCACUAUGUGAGGACACUUCAAAGGGGAUAUUGCUCAGAUUAUCUGGCAUAGCUGAAAAUCCUCUUCAGAAACGUCCGACAACCCUUCUGUAUAACUGUGCCCAUCAUGAUUGCUUGAUGGUUUAAAACAUGGACAUUGUGUGUAUGCUUAUGUGCAUUAGUCGAGGGGUCAGUAAGAUUUUUUUAAAGAAAAAAAAUUAUAAUUUGACUAAGCAAGGAUGCAUUGAAUUGAUCAAAGGUGACAGUAAAGACUUUUAUAAUCUUACAAUAUAUAUAUAUAUAUAUUUUUUCCUAUUUCUUAUUCAUCAAAGGGGCCUGAAUAAAAAAAAAAAAGUAGUAUGGCUUCCAAAAAAUAAAAUAAAUAAAUAAAAUGUACCCUUACCCUUAAAAUGUAAUUUUAAAAUGUUAAAGUAGAAACACUAUUUUAAAUUGUAGUAACAUUUCACAAUAUUUUUAUAUACGAUAUUAAAUGUAUACAAAAUAGAUUUUACUGUACUUUCUGAUCAAAUAAAUGCAGCCUUAGUAAGCAUUAAAAAACAUACAAGAAUCUUACCAGCCCCAACUUUUAAACAGUUGUGUACUAUUUUUUUUUUUUAAAGAUACACCAAAUGACUUGAGCAAAUAUGUAUUUAAGUGGUGAGGUUCUUGCAUUAUUGUGAAGUUAUGCUUAAGAAUGUAAUUGAUUAAUUGUUUUGAGCAUAAAAAUGGUUUGAUAAAAAAAUAAUUAAAGAA